GUUGAGUGGAUGUGCCGCACACACACACACACACACACACACUUUCGCCCUGGCUCUAAUUCACAUGUCUCUAUCAGAGGUCUGCAGCAGCUAAUCCUCUUAAAGUCUGCUCAGCAGAGGCGGAGCGAACCUCUCGUCGCCGUGCACACUCUCCCUCCCCGCUCAUUCACCGCGAGGCUCCGCGGUGGCCGACGGACUUAACCCGCCAUGCGCAACGCCGCGUUGGCCGCGUGCGGAGCAGCUGCGUAAACGGCGCGUCGGAGACGGAGCCGAUGCCGUGACUUGCCAUGACUCGUACCGGGACGCAGAGCUUUCAAGCGGCGUUGAUCCUCCUGUCCGUCGCCCAGCUGACUGCAGGCCUGAAGUGUGUGUGCGAACUGUGCGCCAACCACACCUGUGAGACGACCUCAGACGGCGCCUGCUGGAACUCCGUGAUGCUCAUUGACGGGAAGGAGGAGACGGUGAAGUCCUGCCUGUCGCCCACUGAGAUGAAGGGCCAGGUCUUCUGCUACAGCUCUCGUAAUGUCUCCAAGAGGAACUGCUGCUUCACUGACUACUGCAACAAUGAGACUCUGCACCUACACACAGAGAGGCCUUUGAAAGAACCUGGCUGGAGCAGACUGCAGCUCGCUGUGGUGAUCCUGGUGCCGUCCUGCCUGCUAUGUAUGGGGAUCCUCCUCGGUGUGUUCGUUGUGCAGGGCCACUACUGUGCCUACAGUCGAGCCAACAAGCAAGACCAAGAGGAGCCGCAGGACGACCAGAUGCUCAUGUCACCUGACAAAUGUCUCCAAGAGCUGAUCUAUGACAUGAGCACCUCGGGCUCUGGAUCAGGUCUGCCCCUGCUGGUGCAGAGAACCAUAGCUCGGACCAUUGUGCUGCAGGAGACGAUAGGGAAGGGUCGAUUUGGCGAGGUGUGGCGGGGCAAGUGGCGAGGAGAGGACGUGGCGGUGAAGAUCUUCUCCACCAGGGAUGAGAGGUCCUGGUUCCGUGAAGCGGAGAUUUAUCAGACGAUCAUGCUCAGACAUGAGAACAUCCUGGGAUUCAUUGCUGCUGACAACAAAGAUAAUGGCUUGUGGACUCAGCUCUGGUUGGUGUCAGAGUACCAUGAGCACGGCUCCCUGUACGACUACCUGAACAGAUACACAGUUUCAAUGGAAGGCAUGAUCGUCCUGGCUUUAUCAAUCGCCAGUGGGCUGGCACAUCUCCACAUGGAAAUCAUUGGCACGCAGGGGAAGCCUGCCAUCGCUCACCGAGACCUCAAGUCUAAAAAUGUGCUGGUGAAGAAGAACGGUACAGCGGUCAUCGCAGAUUUGGGUUUGGCUGUGAAGCACGACUCCAACACCAACGCCAUUGACAUACCGUCCAACCACAGAGUGGGAACCAAGAGGUACAUGGCCCCAGAAAUUCUGGAUGAGACAAUCAAUAUGAGCAACUUUGAAUCAUUCAAGCGAGCGGAUAUCUACUCACUAGGCCUGGUGUUCUGGGAACUGGCCCGAAGAUGCUCCGCUAGGGGACUUAAUGAAGACUUCCAGCUGCCUUAUUACGACCUUGUGCCUUCAGAUCCGUCCGUCGAGGACAUGAGGAAGGUGGUGUGUGAUCAGAAGCUCAGACCAAGCAUUCCCAACCAGUGGCAGAGCUGUGAGGCGAUGCGUGUGAUGGGCAAACUGAUGAGAGAGUGUUGGUACGCCAACGCCGCCGCUCGGCUCACCGCUCUACGGGUCAAGAAAACUGUGUCUCAGCUGUCCGUCAUCAAGGAUGUCAAAGAGUAGAGUUGGAUUUGUUGCCUCCGCAGAGCAGCACGGCAGCUGGAACCGGUGCAAACGAGAGGAACUGGGAGAAAAACAGGGAUAGACUGUCCACUCCGACUGCCUGAUGCUGCCCUCUCCAGGAAACCGCCGCGCUGUUCACCCUCAGAGAGCUUCAGGUUGUUGCUGGUGCCAAAGUAUUGUAGGAGGUGACUGAGGCGGCUUCGCACACAGACACCUAAUCAACCUAUUUGAACCAAACAGCUCAACUUUAGGUAGGAAGAGCCAUAUGAGAUAAUAAUGAGGUUAAUGUAUAUAUAUAUAUAUAUAUAUAUAUAUAUGUAUAUGUAUUCUGAUUAUUUUGCUACCUCACACAUUUAAGUUGCCAAAGCUUGAAGUUGCACAUUGUGAUGUUUUUGUGCCAUAUCUUGUAGCAAACACAGUGUUGUACUUGUAGGUGGUGUGCUAACCGACAAUCACAAAGGAUACUGGAUUUUAAAAAAAGAAAAACGAACCCUAAGUGGUUUUGACUAGUUCUGAGGAACACUGAGGACUGUCGUUGUACAUUAGUUGUUUGUUGAAAAGCUCCAUAACGGUUGCUCCACACUAAACAGGAACACAGCAGAGCAUUCACAAGUGGAAUAUAAUCCUUAGCUUAAUAUAUCCAAGGGUUUUAAAAAAACAACAACCUAUGAUCCAGGUCAGAUUAUUGAUUGUUUGGCAUUCAGCGUGUCUCUAGAAAUGACAAUGACAGUCGCCCCUGUGGUCAGUCAGUCGCUUGGUCCAAAUACCUCGACAGCUACUGGAUGACCUUUGAUGCAGACGCUCAUAUUCCUUCAGAUGGAGAACUUUGGUUCCCAGACAUCUAUACAGGCACAAGAUAGAGCGGAGGUUCACAGAGAACAGCUUAAACUAAUGACAGCUGAGUUCAGACUGACAUAACAACCACCCUCAGGCUAAACCCUCGUGUUUGACUGACUAUGACUCAACUAGCACUAUAUGAAUGUAGGUUAUGUUUAAUAUAAAAAGAAUUUAUGCUCGGAACUUGUAUGAAUUUUGCACAUUUAAAGCUUUCAGUUGCUGAAAAGCGCUGCCCUCUGACGGCUGAUCAGUUGAAGCUCAUGCGUGAAUGUGGAAGUGUGUUUUUUUGUUUUCUUCAAAUAUGUACUAUUUUUCCACACUAGUAACUAUUAAUUCAUAUUAGAACAUUUAAACACCUCCAUUUGCACUUCAGAAAUUCAGACAAAAAUCUAACUUAGCGUCAGCAUUGUUGACAUUGGCUUAAGGUAACAAAUCCUUUGAGUUAUUUUAUGAGCCUGUUGCAGUUUUACAAGCCGACUCCAUAACAGCAACAAGAUGAAUCUAUGGGAAUAAAAUCAUAAACGUCUGUGUCAAUAUUGUCCAUUAUUAGCACUGGUAGUCGAGCGGUUAAAGACACCGCACUUGGAGAGCACAGUUUGGGUUGUGGGUGCACACUAAUGCCUCUGUCAGACGUGAUCUGUAAAGCCUUGUCAUAACAGGCUUAUGGAAAGUGCACACGGGUUAAUCGGUGCACCAUGUGUGCUCCUGUGCACUUACGUGUGAAGGCGUGCGCGUGUCGGUGUGUGUUGCAAAUCAUGUGAAGUGAUCCUUUAUUUUAAAGAUUUGAAUCCAAUGAAUCAUUUUAGCUUUUUUGUGAAAGUUAAGUUAAACUGUGAAACUGGUGCUGUGGAUGAAAAGACCAUUCACCAUGGUUUUAAGUUCAUGUCUACUUCUACAUCCUCAGUAAAGGUUCAUGUUUAUUUUGAGUUACAUGCGUCCACAUAGCUGCUUAGAAUCAGUGUUGACAUGUACCACAAUCUGUAUUUUCCUGUCAUGACGGUAUCAGAAGUACUGGACGAUGCUGUGUGCAGUGUCAAUGGUGUUGCCUCUUGAAAAAAUAAGCUUUGUACAGUAGCCCGUCGCUAUAAUGGGCAAAUGUUUGCACGUUUUUUUUUAUGUUUUUCUUUCUGUUUAAUGAUUAGUUGACUUCAGUCAUGGAAAUAUUUGACUGUGUUGCAAAGAAUAGGAAAUAUUGAGAAAAAAAUGCAGUAUUUAAAGACCCAGCUCCGCUUCUGCCCACUGAAAACACCUUUAAUGUAAAUUUGUUUUCAUCUUAAGUUGAAUCCAUGCGGAGCCAAGCUCAUCCUGUAUGUGUUGUCCAUCGUGUCAUAUCUGCUUCUUCAAGAAUCAGACCGGUGACAUGGAGAAGAACUGAGAGUAUAAAAAGACUUACAAGUCAUUCCAAAGAGGAGUGACCAUCAUGUGCAAUUUCUGACUGGUGUCUUUUUUUAUACAUAUAUUGUAUAUGACAUAGCUAAAUAUUAAUAAAUGUGUUACUGCUUUCAUAAAAUGA